AUGGCCUACAAUUCUGAUGGCGUAUCCGACUUUGAGGCUCACCUUGACCUCUCUGACCUUGCUUAUUCCAAGUUUCUUCGUAAAUUCACAGGGGAAUCCCCUGCUCCUGUUACCAGGAAGGAACACACAGCGUUCCUUUUAUAUUGGUUAUGUCAUAAUCUCUUCUAUACUUGUUUGCAGAAAAUUAAUCGGGACUUCGUCCCAAUCGCCGUUGAUACAGCAGUACCUAUCCCAAUUGAUCCCGCUGCUUCAUUUCUGCCAAAAGAAGAACUAGAAGAAAUUUCUGAAAUCCCACAUCAUUUUUCUUCAAUUCCAAUUUCUCCAUCGGCCCCCGCUUCAGAGAAAAAGUCGAUUGAAACCACACAAUCCACCCUUCCGCCGCCUCUAAAGCGGCGUAAGUCGGUUGUCAAGAGACCACAUUCAUAUUCCCAACAAACCGAAGGUGCUUCUUUAGCUGACGUUUUAAAGAAAGGGGCCGAAGAUGUACCUUCGGUUGCAAUUCGAGAAAGAAGAACCGAAGAAACACCUUCGACUGAUGUUCCAAAAGAAAGAACUGAAGAAUCUUCUUCGGCUGCUGAACAAAGCUUUGUUUCGAACGAGCCGAUUGAGAUUGAGACGCAGAUGGAUAGACAACUCCGCCGUGAAGCUCGCCUAAAAAAGAAGCAGGAAGCAGAGAAGAAGAGGGCAACUCAGGAAAAGAACCAAGAGUUGCCAACAAGAGGUGCAGUAUCACCUCUUUCAAUUCCAAUGCCAACAACAGAAGGAGAAAAUGCAAACACACCUUUGGAAGAAAGCGCUGAAAGAGCACAAACAGAGCCGGACUUGACUCUUGAAGCUUCAUCGGCUAUUCCAGAAGACCCCCUGUCUGCAACUCUCCACUCUCUUCUUGUUUCGAGCCCAAAUUCUAAUAAGGGAGAUGAUUCAUCAACCAUUAUCAUAUCAUCAGACACUCAACAUAAAUUUAAUGAGUGUCUCAAAUUAUAUAGUAAUGGUCUCCCUUCUUUGGCUCAGAAUCCAGAGCAAUUUGAUCGGUUAUACGCUCUCUUGCUUGACUUAUCCGGUCAGGAGUUGGCUUUGCAGCAGCGAAUUUCAACUCUCAAGAAAGAAUUAGCUGCAGCCGAAUCAACUCUAGCUCGUACCUCUGAGUGUCGGCUCCUCCUACAGGAUCAGUUGAAGACGAAGCAGGAUGAAUGGGUAAAGCUUCAAGACAAGCUUAUCCAACUUUACAAAAUGAAUCCUUUAAUAAAGUGUAGGAGAAAAGCAGCCGAGACUGCCCAAGCUAACUUGAUAGCCGAAUGGAACCAACUCAAGGAUUUGCUAUCUUGA